CUGGACAUAGUUGUGUACAGGUUUUGUCUUCACCUAGUAUUUAGUCUCCCACACACACACGGUCGGGUUAUUUUUCUAUUUAAUUGCUAUGCUAUUCUUUUGCACUUUCACUCUAAUUAUAUCUAAACUGGCUCACUGAACUAUUCAUACACAAAAUAGAGAGAAAUUGGCAAAUGGAAAAUUGGCAGCAGUCAGACCGUCCUUAUAUAGCAGUGCUGGAGAGUGUUCCUGCACUGUGCCUUUGACUUCGAGAUGGACAGUAUUAUUCUUAAUCCGGUCCGGCCUGAUCACACAGCCAUGCUGGACGAAGCACAGUUAGAUAUACUGGGUCAGCGGUUGGGAAAGAAGUCCCGGUCGGUUUGGGAGAGGGUGAAGGCGGAAUGCUGGUGUUCUGGUCCCAGGCUGAAGAGCUGUAUUUUGUCAUCUGUUCCUGUCCUCUCCUGGCUGCCCCGCUACUCCCUCAGAGACAACGCCAUCGGAGACCUGAUUUCGGGCGUCAGUGUGGGUAUCAUGCACCUACCCGGAGGCCUGUCUAAUGCGUUGCUGGCCGGGGUGCCGCCUGUGUUUGGUCUCUACACCUCUUUCUAUCCGUCGGUCAUCUACUUCAUCUUUGGGACGUCCAGACACCUCUCAGUGGGUACUUUCGCCAUUCUUUCUAUCAUGAUUGGCACUGUGACGGGCAACGUGGAGUUGCUUAGCAACGGUGUCGAGGAGCGGGAGGGCGAUGGAGGAAUGGCUCGAGUGUGUGUGGCAGUACAACUUACCUUCCUUUGUGGCCUUAUACAGAUAGUGUUGUUCUUGAUAAGAGGAGGGGAUGUGUGUCACUGGCUGUCUCAGCCCCUGGUGAGCGGCUAUACCACGGCGGCAGCCCUUCAUAUCACCAUCUACCAGCUGCCUCUACUCUUUGGCAUCCCUACCAACAGACACAGCGGUUUCCUGGCUGUCGGCUGGGUGAGCUUUGUGUGUGCGUGUGCGUGUGUAGGAGACGGAGGGAGUGUGAGAAACCGGUUACAGUGUGUGUGUGGGUCCCUGUCUUCAUCCCUGUUCCCUGGUGUGUGUCAGACGCUGGCUGAUGUGCUGUCUAGAGUGACUAACGCAACGCCUGGGACGCUGGUUGUCUCCGCCGUCUCCAUGGUGAUCCUGGUGGGAGGCAAGAUGCUGAAUAGACUCUUCAAGACCAAGCUACCCAUGCCCAUUCCAUGGGAGCUAGUGCUGAUAACGCUGGCCACCUUCCUGUCAGUGCAGUUGGACUUGUCAGGACAACAUGGUGUCCAGGUGGUAGGACACAUACCCACUGGCUUGUCUCCCCCAGCCCUCCCCUCUCUAGCCCAGGCCAAACAGCUGUUUGGUCCUGCUCUGUCCCUGGCUGUGGUGGGCUUUGGCUUUACCUCUUCCAUGGGCAGAAUGUUUGCGCACAGACAUGAUUACACCAUAGACAGCAACCAGGACCUGUUGGCGAUAGGACUCUGCAACACAAUUGGAGGGAUGUUCCACUGUUUUGCCGUCAGCUGCUCGUUGUCACGCAGUAUGGUCCAAGAAAGUAUUGGGGUGAAAACUCAGGCGGCUGGGCUUCUUUCUGCUCUGAUGAUGCUCACCAUCUUGCUGAAGAUUGGACAUCUCUUUGAGCAGCUGCCAAUAGUACUCAAGUCAUUUAUAACACCUUCUACAUUCCCUUCUCUAACACUGAAAUCAGAUGUUUUGUCUGUGUUUGCGUUCAUUUGUUUGUUUUGGUGUUCAUAUGCUUCUGUUUCAUUCUCUGCCUUUGUGUUUGUAAGUGGUUAUACUUGUUGCUCUGUCUCUGUGUGUGUGUGUGUGUGUGUGUGUGUGUGUGUGUGUGUGUGUGUGUGUGUGUGUGUGUGUGUGUGUGUGUGUGUGUGUGUGUGUGUGUGUGUGUGUGUGUGUGUGUGUGUGUGUGUGUGUGUGUGUGUGUUACAGGCAGUGUUAGCAGUGGUCAUUGUGGUAAAUCUGCAAGGGAUUCUGGGUCAGUUUCGGGAAGUCCCAGUGCUCUGGGCAUCUGACCGUUUGGACCUGCUGGUGUGGGUGUUCACCCUGAUCUUCACCCUGAUUUUCAACCUGGAUCUUGGCCUGGCUGCUGCUCUGGCCCUCUCUCUGAUCACUGUCGUCUACAGGACUCAACUCUCCCACAGUGCAGUGCUGGGUCAUAUUCCUGGGACGGACUGCUACAGGGACCUACGUCUCUAUGCUGAGGCCAGGCCGGUUCCUGGAGUUACUGUAUUCUCCUGCUCCAACCCGCUGUACUUUGCAAAUGCUGAGCUGUUCUUCAGCUCUCUCAGAAAGUCUGUGCAGCGUGUCCAACUGGAGAAUGCAGCCCUCAUUGAGAACCAGCCCUUACCUCAAAUGCAAGGCGCAAGGCACUGUCUGGUGCUAGAGUUUAGCUCAGUCAUCUUCAUGGACUCUAUGUCAAUCAAAGCACUAUGUAAGGUUGUGGAGGAAAUGGAGGAGCAGGGGGUCAGUGUGUUUCUGGCUGCUUGCCCAGACAGGCUGGUGAUCAAGCUGCAGGCCCAGGGCUUCGUCCCAAACACUCUGUCCAGGUCCUGCCUCUUCCCGUCAGUGCACCACGCUGUCCAACACUGCCAGAUAUCACCUCCCAUGGCUGUGAAUAUGUUCCCUUUUUCUACAUGCUUUGCUACUGGCAUCGCUUCCUCGUGUCCUACGUCUACCGAUGUGUCUGUUGGAAUUAGUCUGUCUGCUUUGUGAUUGUUUCCUACCUCUGCAUUGAUGUUGUUCUUCUGCUCCUGUAGGACCACAACACAGAGCUGAGUGAGUGUUGAUGUGCAGCCUGCAGCUCAUGGAGUGGAUGGGAAAACGCCACCGUGGAAUUCCUGCCUCAAUCAGAAUACGCAGUAGACUGAACUCCCAGCUCAAGCUGGCGUCGGCGAUAGGACGAUGAAAAUGCUUUCCUUUUGAGCUCCUUCGCCAACGCUGUGGUUCAACGUCUUCUUUUGAGCUAUGAAAAGACAGCAGAUGGAUUGGAGCCAGCCGGAGUCCGUCUGUCUGUCUGUCUGUCUGUCUGCCUCUGUCAGUGUGCCUGUCUUCCGAGCUCUAAAACAUGUCCAGGUCCAACCACCCCCUGCGCCAUGAUUAGGUGUGUCUUUGGGGGUUUAAUGGUUGGGCGUCGCUCCUGCACCUCCUCCAAUGAGUUCAGACACUCAUGGGAAGUGGGUGAGCUCGGCUGAUGUCAAUCAAAUCAAAUUGUAUUAGUCACGUGCGCCGAAUACAACAGCUGUAGACCAUACAGUGAAAUGUUUACUUACGAGCCUCUAACCAACAGCGCAGUUUUAAAAAAAGAGGUAGAAGUAACAAGUAAUUAAAGAGCAGCAGUAAAAAAAAAAAAUAUAUAUAUA